UGGAAGAACGGUAGCUGAGCGGAGGGGAUGCGAGCAGUGAUGGAGAGGGUCUGAGGGUCUGUAGGACGGACCUGGACACGCCACAGCAGCAGCGGGGACGCGGAUCUCUUCUCAGCCCCUCUCUUGGCUGGCUGGAGGGUGGGGGAGCGCGGACUGGGGCGCAAGAGGGGGUCAGAGGAUGCCACAUGCACUGAUGAUGCAUUCGUGUUGUGUAAAGCCCAGCGAAGCCGACUUGUCCCCUUUUGGUUGAUGAUGUUCCGGACGGGGAAGCAGAAGCUGAAGGAAGGAUGCUGCGCUCCCCAAAAUCUGUGAUCUGAAGCCUCUACCUGCGUGGACACUGACUUACCCGCCCCACAGCAUCAGCCUGCCUAGUGAUUGUUGUUGUCAUCUGGAUCCAUCUGAGUCCAGCUUUCUAACCUGUUGUCAGCAUUGAUGCAGUUGGAGGUGGCAGAGCCCAGAGGCGCGAUCCCAGUGAGACAGUGGCACUUCCCUGCGUGCAUGAGUGUGUGUGUGUGAGUGUGUGUGUGUGUGUGGGUGUGGGUGUGUGAGAGAGAGAGAGAGCAAGUGAGCGUUAGCGCUCCCACAUGGCCUCCAUGCAGGACGGGCUGAACUUCACGGCUCCUCCCUACGGCAAGGUCCUGCUGCUGGGCGCUAUCGCUGCUGCCUCGGCCUUUGUUGUUACCAUCCUCAUCGUGGUGCUCUGCGUGGGCUGCCAGAGGAAGGCAAAGACACAAAAUGUCCCCAGCGAAGGUGGAAAGCAUCGUCUCAUGGACAUGGGUAUUCUCAGGCAGUCAAAGCUGCGCUCCAUCAGUAAAUCAGACACUGAGAUGAACAAGAUGAACUGCAAUGGCAAAAGCAGGAAGCUUCCCCAGAUCCCCUCUGGGACUGGAGAGGACAGCGAGCACACUUACUCUGAAGUGGGCCAGCGCCCCUCCACUACACGUACUGACGAUGCCCUCUACGCCAUGGUAGGCAGGGCCGGGCAGACGGACACUCCGGCCCCUCCGGCCGUUCCUGCCAACACCCCGGCGCCUCCAGACCCAGACGGGGACGUGGAAGAAGGGCUGCCUGAAUCUGAGGCCCAGGUCGUGUCUGCCCCACAUCCUCCGGAGACUGCAGAGUACGCCUGCGUCAGGAAGCUGAGGAAGGCUGACAAGGCACCUCAGAAGAGGGACAGCGGGACGGACAUGGCAGAACCGCCGGCGCCGCCUCCCCGACACGCCCCGCCUUCACACCCAGCCCCUCCUCCGCCACACCCCCACAGCACGAAGUUGCCUCGUAGAAACAUUGAGGCCUUUAAUGUCCCAUCAUUCCCAAAGGAAGUGAUGUUUAUGGGCAACGGAGAGCAGUACAUUUGGAAACCUCCAGAGGACGAUGACGGGCUUCUGCUCCAAAAUAAAGCUCUGGGCUCUCUGGGUGCUCAUACGUUGGAGAACAUACAACCAUCUGCUGCAGCGGUGGCAGAGAUGUACUCCAAAGUGUGCAAACCUGGAAAGAAGAAGAGAGCUAUGCCGGGGUCUCCCCCAGCUAACCUCGGCUUUCGGACCUUAGGUCGAGGUGACCGGGACCGAGACGGGGGCUUCAGCGUAGUGGUCAAACCUCAGACGUGGGCCCCUCAGGAAGGCAAAGCAGUCGGUGGGCCCCUCGACGACCACUGCUACGAGUCCAUUGGUGCAGAGGAAUGUGAUCCAGCCUACGAGAAUGUGGAGGGUGGGGGCCCCUGGAAACGAGAGAGGCCCCCCAACACAUGUGCCACGUUGAGGCCGAGGAGGAAAAAAGCCCAGCAGCCAUUGCAGCAGCAGCAUCCUCCCCCACCACCGCCCACGCAGCAGACCCCCAAGUUACAACACCUGCCUGCCAAAGCCCUGCUGCUGCCGGGUGAGAACCUGUAUGAGAGCAUCAGCGACUUGAAGCAGGGCUCCGCCACCUCCAGCACCACCACCAUCUUCACUUUCAACGAUGGCAUGGAGAUGUACGUUACAGGGCUCUGAAGCAGCGGCGGCUGCACUGUGACCCCCCCUUCACUUUUCCUUCCAACAAUAGGGGUUGAGCUAACACCAGGGGGAGAGACUGCUGGGCCCCUGUCAUGUUCAUCCACACAUACUGUUUACAUUCAAGUCAUAACAUGGAGCCUCUCACAGGCCCCGGGAAGCCUUGGGCUGCUAAUGUUGAUCAGUUAUGACCUGGGCUGAAUAUAAAGUCCUAUCUAAACCUUAAAGGAAUCCAAAGGUAGCGAAUAAAUGAGCACAAUACCAUUGCAGAGCAAUCUGUAGGUAUCAGUAGCACUUCAGUUUUACUCGUAAACGUGCAAAGCACAAUAAAGUUAAGAGCCUAAAUUCUUCCUCAAUUCUAGCAGGUAAACUAGUCCUAUAUGUGGUCCAAGUCGGGCCUGCAAUUAGAGAAGACACAGAGAUGUGUCAGAUAUUUUAGUAGCACUUAGUUUGUGGUGAACAGACCUUCCCUGCGUUAAAUCAUUCAGGACAGAAUUGAAACAAUAUCAAUGAAUGAAUUAUUAAUCAAAACACUUGAAAGCUCAGGGACCAUGAAUAAGAAUUAUAAAAGUAUUAUAAAGAAAUUUGCACACAUUUUGCAUUCCUCCUAAAAGCUUCAGCAGAUCUUCAGUAGAAAAAGUCUGAUCAGAUGCUUCCCAUAUUUGGUCUCACGCCACUUGGACUGAACACUGUCUCCACUGCUGUCUGUAAAUGAAGUGUUUUACUUUGUUGAUCCUGUUUCUGCACUUUGCCUGCUACAAGUUGCAUGCCUAAGGAAAAAAUUACAACAAAAAAAUGUUUAAAAUUGUGAAAAAAAAGCAAACAAAAACAAGCACUGUCAUGUGAUUUAUCUAUAUGAAUGUUUUUAUAUAUUUUUUUGUUGUUGGUUGUUUACUUUCGUUUCCCAGUGUGUUUCUUUAUUUCUCUGUAGAGCUCAAAGCCAGUUUGAUUAAGGAUGUGUUUGGCUCUCUGGGGCUGUGUGGGCCUGCGCCUGCAACACACUCAGUACAAAUAAAUCCAUGUCAACUGUUUUGAGUCCUAAAUGUGGAGAAGGUCCACUCCAACCCUCUAACUCACCCUUCCCUGUCUGCUCUGUCUCCACUCAUAUCUGUGGAUCCACCUGUGUUCUUAUGAGUCUGCUUGGGUUUCAUCAUGGUGCAGUGUGGAAAGCUACAGUAGAUCUGAUGUGUUAGCAAACGUCAUCAUUAACACUCUGUUAUCAGUAUUAAAAAUAUCACAGAAAAAAAAUGAGCCCAGAGGACGACGCAAAGGAAUGACAUCCAGAACAAUAACGGCGACUUCACUCAACCAAAUAUACCCCAAACAAACAAUGUGAUUAUACUGUAUGUUGAUGCAAUGUGUAUGUACAUGACAAAAGAGAUGAAUAAUAAAUAUAUCAUCAGUGUCAAGAAAUCUAUCCUUUUCUAUUAUGUUCAGUUGUGUUUGGAAUGACUUCUAUUGUGACACAAACAGCUGCAAUGUCAAUUUUCGUGUAUUCUGUUUGUUGUUUUCGAAGCCAUGAAGCUACGGUGUGCUGUUGGAAAAGCCCUGCUAAGCUAAAUGUGGCAGCUAAUGUUGUGUGUUUGCUAUUCAGACUACAGGGUCUUGUAUUCAAAAAGCGUGUAAUUAAGUGCUAAAGUGCAAAAGAUUGUAAUGUUUUAUAUCAAGAUUACUAUUCAUGAAAUGUCAGUCAAGUUUAUACUUUUGUAAUAAAGUGGCACUUUAAAAAAACA